AAAUGGUAUCGUAUAUUGAAUUACUGGUCGGAACGCAAUAUCUCGGGUCCGAAACCCAUCCCAUUGUUUGGCAAUAAUUUAAGUUAUGUCCUAAAGCCGAGAGCAAUGGUUGAUAUGGAGUGGUAUAAGUCUUACGGUUCAAUCUAUGGAGUCUAUGAUUGUGGACAACCGAUCCUCUAUGUGUUAGACCCGGUGCUCAUCAAACAGAUUCUGGUCAAACAGUUUCACACAUUCACUAACAGAGCGCUGAUCCCAGAGUUCAGUGGACUCAUCUCAAAGUCCAUACCCCGGGCCAGGGAUGAGAACUGGAAGCGUAUUCGCGCGAUAGCGAGUCCCACCUUCACAACCGGCAAACUUCGACACAUGUAUCCACUGCUCAAC